GGUCAGCCACAUCGUAAUCACCACCACGAAUACAGAGCAAGAAGCUUCGUAUCUCGAUCCUAGGACGUAUUUUUUUGGUACUGGCUAUGUGCCUAAAGGUCAAGUAACAUGGACGUUUUAAAAGCCGAGAUCGAGCGCAAAAAGCGUCAACUGGAAGGCAAACAACUCAUCGGUCCCGAAAAGAAGUAUUUUAAACGUGGAGAACUUAUAAGGAAGGCGGAGGAAGAGUAUUUUGAGAAACUAAGCGCAAAACAAAAACAAGAAGAAGAUGAGGAGAGUGCUGCAUCUCUGUCUCUGAGGAAUCUAAUGAAGAAAAAAGAACACGAUGAAAUAAUCUUGCCACGAAAAGAGGUAAUCAAACGAUUGAGAGACAGGUCACAACCGAUACUGCUGUUCGCUGAAACUGAUAUGGAAGCAUUUCACCGACUGAGGAGACUGGAGAUUCUGGAGCCUGAGGUGGAUAGAGGACUGCGGAAUGACUUUCAGGAAGCCAUGGAAAAAGUAGACCAAAUCUACCUCGAUGAGAUUCUGAAGUCGCAGGGGAAGACAGAAGACGGCAAAUCCGCAAAUGACGUAAAAGUUGAGAGUGAGGGGACCACGAUCGAAGAUAUCACGCACAUAGCAGAGAAUCUGGGUCAGAGGAGCAACAAGGGAAAGGAUGCAGAAAUGAUCAUGACAGUCCUAAAGUUCAUCCAGCAGCUGUGGGGCGAAAAACUAAACACGCGUUCUGAAGAAGAGAAAGUGUCCAUGCGGGGAAAGCUAGCCUCUGCUACUUACAACCAGACACAGUCCUACUUACGGCCACUAUUCAAACGCCUGAAGAAGAACAACGUCCCCGAAGACAUUCUCGAGCACUUGGUCCGCAUAGUGAAGCACAUGCUGAGCAGAGACUACGUCAAGGCCAAUGAUGCAUAUCUACAAAUGGCCAUCGGAAAUGCACCAUGGCCCAUUGGAGUGACCAUGGUUGGAAUCCACGCCCGAACUGGUCGGGAGAAAAUCUUCUCUCAGAAUAUUGCCCAUGUUCUCAAUGACGAAACUCAACGCAAGUUCAUUCAGGCAAUCAAGCGGCUCAUGACACAGUGCCAGCGGAUCUUCCCAACGGACCCUUCAAGAUCGGUCGAGUACAAUGCGUAGGCGAAAGACCACGCAUUUUUAAACAUUGUAGAUAACCAUUGCCAUAAAUGUUCACUCCGCACGGAAGUGCGGCCACGAGCAAAGAUUUUCUCAGUGACCGAGAAGAAGCCCGACUUGGCACAAAUUUAUUUCGUAUAGCCUGUGCAAAAAAAUAAAUUAAGUAUAAUGAGUGGAGUGAAAUAAUGUACAGAAGGGAGGAAAGAAUAUAGUCUAGAACUUC